GUGAAAAUGCACUGUUGAUAGCAUUUUUUUUUUUGCCAAGAAAGUGUUAAUCACAGGUUAAGUGGAAGAAGGUCGAGUAUGUAACCUAAAUGGCACAGAAACACGCUCUAAAGUGCUAAAGUGUGGGCAUUUUCUUUCCCCUUAAUGUAAGGUAGACAGGUAUAGUAAAUAAUAUAUAACUUAAUUGGUUAUUUACCUGAACUGCACACCUUGCUUAAUGCCCUGUUUGCUUUAGGUUUAAUCUUCUUUUGGUGAUUUCUCAGUUUCCUCUCAGUUCUCUACAAUGGGCUAUGUCUGAAUUUAAGGCAACCUUGUAGAACUGGGAACUUUAAGCUGUGUCAUUCUUAAAUACUAAUGUCGUUUCCUCUUUAAAGAGAGUGUGAAGCAACCUUGUUUCUAAUUUAAAUUUAAAAAUAAUAAAUAAAUAUAAAAGAAAAAAGAGAUAGAUAUCCUUAGCCAUUAUUUACUCUACACUAAGGACAUUCAAAUGGUGAGUCAUUAACAGUCAUUAACAGUGAUGUUUGUAGAAUGAAUCAGGUUUAGUCUUAAGGCGGAGCACAAAUUCUUCACACCAAGUGACCUUAAACAGGACACUAACUUCUAGCCUCAAUGUGUUUAUCUUUGGUCCUGGCUAGUUUUACGCCAACUUGACACAAGAUAAAGUAAUCUGGAAAGGUGAGCUCUGAUUUGUCUAUAGGGCACCGAAGCACUCCACUGCUGCAGCGCCAUUGGCUGGAGAGGAGCCUGAGUGACAACACCGUCAGCCAGGGGAAGGCAGCCCUUCUCAAGCCUCCGGCCUUCUUAGAGCCAAUCGUGUGAGGCUGGGACUUUAACUCUUUAAAGGGGAGUUCGCAGUGUGUGGGAAAGUUGGUAGUAAAAGUGCCACGUCUUCCUGGGAGGGUGAGUGUGAGUCCUGGACUUACCCGAAACCGUCUCGCUUUCGGCAUAUUUUUAACUCUAUGAAGUCGGGGAUCCUUUCUCUGCUUUGGUAACAUGAGGUUUUUCUUAUGGAACGCGAUCUUGACACUGUGGGUCAGCGCUGUGAGUGCAGCUUUGAUCCCUGAGCCAGAAGUGAAGAUCGAAGUUCUCCAGAAGCCUUUCAUCUGCCAUCGCAAGACCAAGGGAGGGGACCUGAUGUUGGUUCACUACGAGGGCUAUUUAGAAAAGGACGGCUCUCUCUUUCACUCCACUCACAAACACAACAAUGGUCAGCCCAUCUGGUUCACCCUGGGCAUCCUGGAGGCUCUCAAAGGCUGGGACCAAGGCUUGAAGGGGAUGUGUGUGGGAGAGAAGAGAAAACUCAUCAUUCCUCCUGCCUUGGGCUAUGGAAAAGAAGGAAAAGGCAAAAUUCCCCCAGAGAGUACACUGAUAUUCAACAUUGACCUCCUGGAGAUUCGAAAUGGCCCAAGGUCCCAUGAAUCAUUUCAAGAAAUGGACCUGAAUGAUGACUGGAAACUCUCCAAGCAUGAGGUUAAAGUGUACCUAAAGAAAGAGUUUGAGAAGCACGGUGCGGUAGUGAAUGAGAGUCACCAUGAUGCGUUGGUGGAGGACAUUUUUGAUAAAGAAGAUGAAGACAAAGAUGGAUUUAUAUCUGCUAGAGAAUUUACAUAUGUGCACGACGAAUUGUAGGGAUGCGCCUGCCGUUUUAUAUGCAUCCAUCAGAUGGCACCUUUAGAGAAAGUUGUAGUUUUUAAUAACAGCAUUCUGUUCUUGUAUUGUUUGUUUUUAGUUGUGUAUCAUUUUCUGCUAUUUAAGAAGCCCCAUAGACUUUGUAAAUAUUGGAUCUUUCUGGUGAGUUAUUGGGAAGACACAGUCAUCUUUGAGUGGAAGACUUCUGGCCCAUCUCCACUCUCAGAUGAAGCUUCUUUUCUUGCUUCCUUCUAAUGGUAAGGUAUUGCAGCUGGAAACAUGCCACAACACAAGAACAGGCGGCUGCACAAUCAACGCCCUAUGCUUUCCUCUUCCUCUGCUUCCUCUAAGUUAGAUUACUGACAUAUCUGAAAGCUUUUACAAUAGUGCAGGGCUUGCUGCUUUCAUGUGAUAACGAAGUAGUUUUUUCUUUAUCUGGCUUUGAGUCUUUGCUUGAGGAGGCACAUGGUGGGCCUCAUUCCUUAACAGUUACGGCCUUACUAUAGAGAUGUACAAUGUUGGAUGAAUAAUGGAGUUAGCAACUCAUGAAUAGGUAUGCAUUGAAACAUUCUGCCAAGACUUCAUAGGGACUGAUGGCUAGUAAAAUAAGUCAGACAUGUAAUUUAUGUGUUUGCUUCCUUGUAAUCAAUGCUUCAAAACAUGGCAGACAGGUGUAUUUAUAGUCAAUGUUUACUUUUAAGGUUACCAAUUUGCCUCCUGGUUCUUCGUGAAUGAAGUUACAGCUAGUAUAUUACUUUGCAAUAACCCUGAAUCACAAUAGAAGUUAGUAAAUCAACUAGACUUUUCCCAUUUAUGACUCAUCAAAAAUGAGGUCGGCCUAUACCAGCUAUUACCAAUACUUAUCGUGGGUUUGAAAGUUGAUGUUUAUCAUUUUGUCUCAAAUUUAUCUAAAAAGGAUCUAAUUCUGUUUUUAAAAUUGAUUUUAAUCACAUUGGCUGUUACCUUAAAUACUUAAAAUAGACUAUCCAGAUCUCCAUUUGUUAGUAAUAGUUUUUCAUAAUUUAUAAAAAUGGAUCAAGUGCAUUGUUGUCUGACUCUUGUUCUGACACCCAUGGGAAGCCGCUGCAUCUUAUGAUACCUCUUUAUGGAUGAGAGGUGCUGCUUGGAGCUUGGCUGGUGAGAGUGCCCACGAUGGUGGUUAAGCUGUAGAUGCAUCUUCAGUCCCUGAGUUCACUUUUCUGCUUUUCUGCUGAGGAAGAAGCAGCGAGUUUGGUGUAUCUCUUGGUCCGUUUCCCUUUGCAUCUUUACCUCUGCAGACGGUUCCUGGUAGGUCACAGCUCUCCUCGGGAUUCAGGAAUGUCUGUGUAGAAUUCUCGUAGAAUACUUUUCACAUUUGCUCUGAUUGCCUCAGUCACCCUCCCAGUGACCAGUCAGAAGCGUCAGAUGUCUGUCUUGGCUCACCCAUUCCUGUCACCUCCUGUUGCUUGUGGAAAUUAGAUUACUUCACUAAUUAUGCAGUGACACUUUCCUCACCAAAACCUCUUAUUGGGGAGAAUAUACUCUAAGACCUGCUCUUGAAGCUGUCAGGUAUAACUGUAAAGUGGUUGUCAGUACCGGCAGUUCUCUGGACUGGGGAGGUUGUGAGAAGGCUUAUGACAGUCACGAGAGGACAGUCUUGAAGACUGCUUUGCACUGAAGCUGCUGCCACCGUCUGUGCUGGAGCAAGAAUCCUGGUUAUUCAAUUGUAUAGAUCUGUAUCAGUCCUCAGCUAAACAGUCAAACAAGUGUGAAAGAAAGACAAAUCAGUAACAAUGGUUGUUUGAGCCAUCUGCCUUUCUGUCUAGCAGUAUCUUUGCACCCUCCCAUGAGCAGGAAUAAUCAAACACUGUGACUUCACAUGUAUGUCAUUUGACUCAGAACUCUUCUAUGUGUCAUAUUUACAUUUCUAUUGUGUCAUAUUACAAUUCUAUUGUGAUAUUCUUUUUGAUAAUAAAGUUUAUUUGGGAAAUAA